AUGUCUAAUAGUUAAGAAAGAGAUCAAGAAAUAAAGUCAAUUCGUUAAGAAAUGUUGAGGGAUGCAGAACAGAAUGCUAAGAAAUAAAGAUUUGGACUGUUCUCCUCACCUGUUCCAUUAGGAUUGGGAGAUGACAGUAUGGAAAUGAGGAAAAGACCAUAAAGAGGGGAGAAUGGGAAACCGAUAACAGAACCGUCUAAUAUGAAGGUUUGUGCUACUCGUACAGGAAGAAUUAGAUCUUCCUAUUUUGGACCUUUGAGUUUUACAACUGUCGGAGAUCCAUACAUAGAUCCUGAAAAAGUGUUAACAAUUUAUGAGAAGGAGCAAAAGAAGUUAUGUAACAAAGAGGCUGCAUUCAAGCCUCCUUCUGGAUACAAAGAAUUGAUGGGCAGUGCUUAUUCGCAUAUGAAGGAAUAUGAUUACAAAAAGGUGGAGAGUAGGAAACAAACGGAUGGGAGAGUGUAUUCUGCACCCAGAAAUGUUACAACCAAUCCAAGAUGUAAAGUACUGGACAAGUCGAUUCCUUAUUUGACAGACGAUUACAAUCGAUAUAGUGAUUUCGAAAGAAAAGCAAGAAUGGAAAGCAAGAGCAAAGAGAAGGAACAGCCCUUUCGAAGCACUGUGAAUGGAGGCUACACUUUUGAAAAAGACAAAAACAUAUUUGGAGUAACUAAGAUGCCACCUUAGAGUCAGAGGAAGUCUCCUGACCUUAAGUCAGCAAAGCACGAAUCAGCUUUUCGUCCAGCCAAUGGGUUAAAGAAAGGGUUUGAUGGAUUGUUCGGUCAUUUUUAGUACAAGUCCGACCCUAUGAGGGAAAUCAAAAGAUAGUUUAGUUCCAAAAAGGAAAGAGAGAGUUUUAAACCUGCAGAUUUGGGGAACAAGACUCGGCCAAAUCCAACGAUAUCGUGUUUCAAAAUGAACAUAAGGAGAGAAAUGGCUGGACAUAUUUGA